GCACAGUGAAGAUCGACCUGUUGUUUGUUUACUUUGUAUCAAGAGGGCGUGACAAACAUUUUUGUCUCUUAUUAUAAUAUCUGAUAGGAAUGUUCUUAAGUGCAGCAAUGCAAAGUGAAUGAGUGAAUCAAAGUGCAGAAGUGUUUUCGCUUGUCAGCUGAGAGGCUUUACCCCAAGAAAUGAAGACUGGAAAUAUCCGUUUAAGGACUCGCUUUGGAGAAAGUACAGAUGAAAGAACCGAAUUUUUCCCAGAAAGUACAAGACCAUUCCAUCAAAAUGGCACAUAUCCUUGGUAUUCUGCUGUCCUGAUUUUGGUGAUUGGUGUAAUACUUUUUCUUGGAUGCACAAUGUUAAAUAAUCAGCUGCCAAAACCAGUUUAUAUCAAGGAUGCAAAGAAAGGAACGUUUGUAGCAGAAAAUGCUAUUCAUCAUCUUCAACAUUUGACAAGUAUGGGUCCAAGAGUUGUUGGCAGUUAUGAGAAUGAAAUUUUUGCUGUUGACUUUUUGAAGAGAGAAAUAGGUUUUAUAAUGCAGCGAGCUAAACCACAGCAUCUGCUUGCUCUUGAUCUGCAAAAGCCAACUGGCUGCUAUAUACUGGCUUUCAGGCCAUAUGGUUUUGUAAAUUGUUAUGAAAAUAUACAGAAUGUUGUUGUGAAGUUAUCCUCAGCUGGAAAUUGGUCCUCGUCAGCGGUUAUGUUCAACUGUCACUUUGAUUCAGUUCCUACAAGCCCAGGUGCCAGUGAUGAUGGCAUCAAUUGUGCAGUCAUGCUUGAAGUACUAAGAGUACUGUCUCAGACGGAUGUGCCUCUGAAGCAUAAUGUAAUUUUCUUGUUUAAUGGUGCUGAGGAAAUCCCCUUGCAGGGAGCCCAUGGAUUUAUCAGUCAGCAUCAGUGGGCUUCUGAAGUCAAAGCAUUUAUAAACUUGGAAGCAGCAGGUUCAGGAGGAAAGGAAAUUUUAUUCCAGGCUGGACCUAAGAAUCCUUGGCUUCUAAAGAUGUAUGCUGAUUCUGCUCCUCACCCCCAUGGUACAGUUGUUGGAGAAGAAAUUUUCCAGAGUGGUUUGGUUCCUUCUGAUACAGAUUUUAGAGUGUUUAGGGAUUUUGGUAAUAUAUCAGGAUUGGAUUUUGCACAUAAAGCAAAUGGAUAUGUGUAUCAUACAGUCUUUGACAGUAUAUUCUACAUUCCUGAAGGAACAUUUCAACACACUGGGGACAACAUGCUUGCCCUCGUCAAGAAAAUCGCAUCUUCCAGUGAGCUGACCAAUCCGGGUCAGGCCUCAGAUGGUCGUGUUGUCUACACUGAUGUCGGUGGACUUUUCAUGGUGUAUUAUUCAGAGUUCACUGGAACCAUAAUAAAUAUGAUUGCAUUUAUUUUAUCACUGUACACAACAGUGUACAAUAUAAUGUUUGUUGGGAAAGGACUGAAUCGAAAGCAGCUAUUGAAACAGAUACUGUUGGCAGCACUUGUACCAUUCGUAGGGUGGAUUUUAUCAGGCUGUGCUGUUGCUGCCAUAGCUUCAUUGCUGGAUGCUUGUGGAAAGAGUAUGAGCUGGUACUCUAGUCCUUACAUAAUAUUCUUUAUUUACUACUGCCCAGUUCUUGUCUGCUGCAUGUUUCUUCCACUAAUCGUUAAUGAAGCACGUAUUGGUUUCAAGAAUCUUCUUGCAUGUGAACACCAAGCACAAUUAUAUUGUACAUUUGUGCAGCUCAUAUGGACUUUCCUGAUGCUGCUGAGUACAAUGUUCGAACUGCGUCUAUCAUUUCUGCUCAUGCUCUUUGUUCUGUUUCCCACAGUUGCCAAUCUUGUCGUUAUAAUGAGCAAGAACCACCAAAGAAUGUCAGUGUGGCUGAUGUCAUUGAUUGGAAGUCUUGCAUUCCCGACAUUUUUGGUUCUAUGGUACACAGUGCUUGUGUUUGAGUUAUUCAUUCCCAUAACUGGAAGAAUUGGACCAGACAAAAAUCCUGAAAUAUUUAUUGGAGGAAUAUCCUUUUUAAUGUGCAUACUAGCCACAAGUUAUUUGACACCACUAAUUGUGCUGGUGAAAAAAGGUGGAACAUUUCUCGGUAUUCUAUUAGCCUUGCAUUUGGCGGCAUUGCUAGCUGCAAUUGCCACUCCUUCUUUAUUUCCAUACAGUGCCAAUGUACUGUCUCCCACAACACAGAGGAUAUAUGCUUUUCAUACAGAACGGGUUUUCUAUGAGAAGGAAGGACAAGAAUUGAAACGAGAUGCAGGCUACUGGAUGGUGCCUAUGGAUCGACAUGGUCCAGAGACAAUAAAGACAUUAUUCCCAGAAGCUCAAACUACAGAAAAUGACUGCAAAGAUAAAUUGCUGUGUGGUUUACCAGCUUUUACUGUCAGAUUACUGCAGAUAUGCAAACAUACACUUUGGAUUCCAAGUCCUGCUCCUGUUAUUCAUAACCCAACAAAACUGGAACUUUUGUCUGCAAAAUCAUUAUCAAAAUCUGUAAGAAGAUUAACUUUCAAUGCCACAGGUCCAGAUCAUAUGCAGCUACAUAUUUCACCUAAACCUGGAGUUAAGCUCCUGGGAUGGAGUUUUUGUCAAGAUGUUACGUCUGGUGAACCAAAUUGGAAUGAUCGUCCAACAUAUUUUAUUCAUUAUGGACGCGGACUUGAUAGCCCACCGUGGCAGUUCUGGUUUGACCUUGAGGUGCAGUCAUUGUCAAAUGAUACUAUUCUUGACUUAGCACUCUCAGGACAGUAUAUGACAUCUGGUCAUCAGAUAUCACCCAUCUUCAGAGAUAUGUUGAGUAAAUUUCCAGAUUAUGCCAAAGUGGUGGCAUGGACAUCUUCAUACAAGCACUGGCAGUUUUAAGAUUGUGCUGAGUGUUAACAGUUCUUCCAAAGAAAGUCCUCUAUAUGUGGUUUAUUUUUACAGUGAAUUUUUGACGAUGUGUGUACAUACUGAAUUUGGAGGUGUAUUUGGAUAUUUUUUUUUUCAGAUAAUAUAGUGUAAUGAUUAACAGGAUUCAGAAGCGAUAAUGCAGUUGAAGCAAAUCAUCUUGAUUAUUAGGUAUAUCACAGUUUUAAGAAUUUUAGCCACUGUGUACUGUCUUUAACACAGAUUUACCAUGUGACAAUUGUGUAUAGAAAAUUUAUGACUUAUAUUGAUAUUAA